AUGAACGCUCAGAAUCAAAGACUGAAUUCUCUUCUGUCACUUCUCGCCUGUGGAAUUCUCUUCUGUCACUUCUCGCUUGUGAAAUUCUCUUCUGUCACUUCUCGCCUGUCAAUUCUCUUCUGUCACUUCUCGCCUAAUUCUCUUCUGUCUCUUCUGUCUUCUCGCCUCUCUUCUUGUGUAGAAUUCUCUUCUGUCACUUCUCGCCUUCUCGCCUGUAGAAUUCUCUUCUGUCACUUCUCGCCUGUGGAAUUCUCUUCUGUCACUUCUCGCCUGUGGAAUUCUCUUCUGUCACUUCUCGCCUGUGGAAUUCUCUUCUGUCACUUCUCGCCUGUAGAAUUCUCUUCUGUCACUUCUCGCCUGUGCAAUUCUCUUCUGUCACUUCUCGCCUGUGCAAUUCUCUUCUGUCACUUCUCGCCUGUAGAAUUCUGUUCUGUCACUUCUCGCCUGUGGAAUUCUCUUCUGUCACUUCUCGCUUGUAAAGUUCUCUUCUGUCACUUCUCGCCUGUGGAAUUCUCUUCUGUCACUUCUCGCCUGUAG